AUGCCAUCAUCUGCAGUCACGCGAGUUCAACAGCAAGGUUUAGUCAACCAAAACCAUUCAUUGAACUCCAAUAGUGAAAGACAUACAAUAAGCAUGUUUCGUUUAUUUCUUCGAGCAUUCGAUUAUAUUUAUAUAAUAAAUACGAAAAUAUUCUUUUAUUUUUUGUUAUUACUCAAACGAUUAUUAAGAUUUCUGUUCGGUGUCUGGACAUUUAUGUUUGUUAGUCUACGUGGAUCGAAGAAAAAACUUAUUCAAUUUCAAUCUGUCAAAUAUUAUAAUUGUCCUCUUCAGCCAUUAUCACUUCAUCGAUUACAUUUUCUUCCUAAAAAAAUUUUGGUAUUAGACUUAGAUGAAACAUUGAUUCAUUCACAUCACGAUGGCCUUACACGGGUUGUAACGGUUAAACCAACGGGACCACCUGAUUUCAUAGUUCGUGUGGAAAUUGAGCGACAUCCAGUUCGAUUUUUUGUCUAUAAACGACCCCAUGUGGAUUAUUUCCUCGAAACAGUCAGCCAAUGGUAUGAGCUUGUCGUCUUCACCGCUUCGAUGGAGAUUUAUGGUGCAGCUGUUACUGAUAGAUUAGAUAACAAUCGAAAUAUCCUGUCCAAACGAUACUUUCGUCAACAUUGCACACUAGAAUAUGGAGCCUAUUCGAAAGAUUUAGCUGUGAUUAAUAAUGACCUUGCUCGAAUAUUCAUUUUGGAUAAUAGUCCGAUCGCAUAUCGAUCUUAUCCACUAAAUGCAAUACCAAUUAAAUCCUGGUUUUUUGAUCCGACAGAUACAUGUUUACUAUCACUAUUACCGUUUCUUGAUGCAUUGCGUUUUUGUCGCGAUGUUCGAUCAGUAUUGGGAAUGAAUCUACAUUUACAUCAAAACUUAACGGUGACAAGCACAACUGGAUUGACUACGCAGGUUGUUCCAUCAUCUGCAAGAUAA